UACACAGACGAAUAUCACUCGCAACCACGCAUGGCAAUGCUGAACCACCGCAUAUUCCGAUCCUAAUUUGAAUCGAGACUAUCGAUCGUCUCCCAGGUCCUGCAUUCCCUCGAUCCUAUCCCGUUUGAUCCACUUUUUGUGCUAAGCACGUACGUAUAAACCGCUGCCCGCGCCGCCGCGCGCGCCGGCGGUGAGUGACGAGCUGCCAGCGGGUAGCUCAACCUGCCGUCGCCGUCGACGACGACCUCACCUGGCCAUGCAGUCGCCGGCGGCCAUGCGUGGCGCCCCGCAGUGGCUACGCAGCCUGCUAUCGGAGGAGUUCUUCGACGCGUGCGGCGUGCACGCGGCGGAGCGGAAGAGCGACAAGAACCACUUCUGCGUCGACUGCGUUGCCGCGCUCUGCCGCCACUGCCUCCCCCAUGACGCCUCCCAUGACAUCCUACAGAUUUGGAAGUACGCAUCCUGCUUUGUCGUCCGUGUUGACGACCUGAAGCUUUUCGACUGCACCGGCGUGCAGUCACACAUGGUGAGCGAGCACGAGGUGGUGUUCCUGAAUGAGCGGACAGCUAGGAAGCGGUCUACCAGCACAGAGAACCCCUGUGUUGCGUGCGCGCGGCCCCUCCCGUUCCGCCAUGAUUACUGCUCGCUCUUCUGCAAGGUGAAGCAUCUCGGGGAGAGUGAGCAGGGGCUAAGGCGUGUGCUACGUGGGAGCGGCCGGAAGGCUGCAGCAACCGGCGGGGAGGACUCUGUCUUGGCGGAGGCCUUGCUGGUUCGGAAGAGGAGGGCAUCGUUGCCCGAGUCAGGGUGGAGCUGCUGCGGGUCGUUGCGGAAGAGUCGGAAGCAGGCCGUGCCGAAUCGGUCACCAUAUUGAUAGAGAGUUUUUUAUUAUCUUUAAAAAAGUAUCUCAAUAUAUUAUACUUUUUACACUAAAAAAAUAUGAUACCUUACGUACUAAAAAUUUGUACUAAAAUUCUUGAUACCUUGAGAUAUUUUUCAAGGACGAUAAAAAAGCUCUAUGGUUGAGGCUUCUCACAGGGCAUACGUGGUUCGAGCUAUUCGUUUACAGGUUCAUGUAAAGGUCACUUUUGGUUGCCAAGUAUAGGUUGGCCUUUUGGGCAACGAUGGAGCUGAAAUCAUCCGAGAUCUUAAGCCUCAUAGGUAAAGUCGUAUGUAUGUGUACAACUACUACAAUCCUACAAAAAUAUGUCUUUUUUGGA